AAAAAGUUGAUGUAACAAAAGCGUGUGUUGUGAACUAUUUUUCAAAAAUUGGUGAAAUUGGCAGCCUAUACACGAAAUUUUGUGUUGCAUUGACCGAUUUUUUCAAACUGCUAUCUAUUAGAUUUUAGACAAUUUAACAAAAACCAGCGAUGGAGGAAUAUGCACGUGAGCCUUGCCCGUACAGGAUUGUAGAUGAUUGUGGUGGUGCUUUUGCGAUGGGUUGUAUAGGCGGAGGUGUUUUUCAGGCAAUAAAAGGGUUCAGAAAUGCUCCUUCAGGAUUCAACAGACGACUAAUUGGAAGUUUAACCGCAAUCAAAGCUCGCUCUCCAAUUAUCGCUGGAAAUUUUGCAGUUUGGGGUGGAAUGUUCAGUACGAUAGAUUGCACGUUGGUACAUUUCCGUAAAAAGGAAGACCCCUGGAACUCCAUCAUCAGCGGUGCAGCAACAGGAGGAAUUUUGGCAGCGCGAAAUGGAGUGGGUGCGAUGGCUGGCAGUGCAAUUAUCGGUGGAGUUCUAUUGGCGUUGAUUGAAGGUGUGGGGAUUAUGUUCACGAGACUCUCUGCCGAACAAUUCCGUUCACAACCGAUCGCAGAAGAUCCUUCAGCCCUGGGUGAUCCUACGCAGAACGCCAGCACAUCAGGCUCGGCGACAUCUUCGAUGCCAUUUGGUUUCGGUCAAUCAGGACAAAAUUAUCAAUAGGACACCGUAGACGGUUUGUAAGACCUAGCUUGUAGUGUUAAAUCUAAUGAAAAAUGAUGAAUAUAUUUCGAGUGGAUUGGUGCUGCUACUAAUCUCCUGUGUAUGGAUUCGACGAACAUAUUAUUGUAUUUCACAUUUGUAGGCAGCCGUAAUUAUAUGCCCGUGAACACAUGCUAGGUUUAGUCGAAAAGUACGAACGAUCUGGUUUAGUCAAUAUCGAGUCACUCAACUUCGUAUGAUUUUACCUGAAUGUGACUGUUAGAAAAUAGUAUUGAUUAAACCAAGAGGCUUGUCAAGCGAAAAUAAAUAGCGUAAAUGAAACUAUCUGAUUUAUUUCUAAUUGAAACAUUUUGUAAAGCGAAAACAUUCGAACAACGAUGGUCUCUCAAUACAAUUCAAUUUCACCAGUUCAGGAGUACAUCUAGUUCUGAAGUGAUGCGAUACACGUAAAAUUAUCAUACCAAUAACUGCAGGCAAAACCGUGUUGAGACAGAUACCUGCUAAAUAGGCGAUAAGUUUGUAAAUAUUGCCAAGAAAAUAAACAGUUCAUU